AUGGGACAUCUCUGCUCCCCACUGGCCAUAGCGCUGCUGGCAACGAGCCUGGCUCAGGGCUGCGGCAAGCCGUUGGUCUCACUCUCAGGGCGCAUCUUGAAUGGUCAAGAUGCCAAGGCCGGGGCCUGGCCCUGGCAGGUCAGCGUGCAGAGAUACGGCUCCCACAUCUGCGGCGGUUCGCUCAUCUCCGAGAGCUGGGUGGUGUCAGCAGCUCAUUGCUUCGAUCCAUCUGUAGCCAAUUCAUCGUAUCGGGUGCAGCUGGGUGAAAACAGGAUUGUCAGUGAGGCCCCAACCCAGAUGUCCUCAUCGGUGAAGCGGGUCAUCCCCCAUCCCAAUUACAACAGUAGCACUUUCCUUGCCAACAUCGCCCUGGUGGAGCUGGAGAAGCCAAUUGCCUUCACGGCCUCCAUCAGCCCCGUGUGCCUGCUCGACGCCUCCGUCCGUGUGCCUGCUGGGGACGCCUGCUGGGUGACGGGCUGGGGGAAUAUUCGCCCCCAAGCGAGUUCUUCCCUAGCGGAGACGCUGCAGGAGCUGGAGGUGCCCACCGUAGACACCAUGAUCUGCAACGAUCUCUUCCAGGAAGCAUUACAAAAGCCUGCGGGUGACAACCCCAUCAAAGAGGACAUGAUGUGUGCCGGGCACAUGGAGGGCUAUAAGGGGACGGCCCCGGGUGACUCCGGGGGACCCCUGGUGUGUGAGGAGGACGGGACCUGGUACCUUGCUGGGAUUGUGAGCUGGUUACUGAAAACAACAGUGAACAGUGUUGCUGCUGGUUACCCCGGGGUCUACGACCGCCCGAAUGCCCACAACGAUUGGAUCCAGGAGAAUGUGCCCGGUGUGAGUUUCAUGGUGGUGAACUUCACUCUGAACAGUGCCAGUCCCUCUACCACCAUCACUACGAACAGUGCCGGUCCCUCUGCCAGCAUCCCCGAGGUCCUUCUCCUCACUGUGCUUCUGUGGCUGACCCUGUGCUCAGGGGAGCUGGAAACAGGCAGAUCUGCCCUUAUUUCUUCCUAUCGUGUGAAUCUGGGGGAGUACCAGCUCUCCGAUCCCUCCCGGUGCCGGAUCUCAUCCCCCGUGAGCCAGAUCUUUGUCCAUCCCAACUACAGCAGCACGUGGAAGUCUGCCGACAUCGCCCUCCUGCAGCUGACAGAGCCAGUGCAAUACACCAAUGAAAUUCUCCCCGUCUGCUUGCCAGGCCCCUCCCACUCCUUCCCUGACAACCACACGUGCUGGGUCACUGGUUGGGGGAGAAUAGACUCUGAGGUCUCUCUCCCGCCCCCCAAGACGCUGCAGGAGGUUCAGGUCCAGCUGAUCAACACUGCAGCCUGCAACGCCCUCUACAACAUCGACCUGGCCCCGAACAUCGGCAGGGACCCCGUCAAACCCGACAUGAUCUGUGCCGGCUACGCCGAAGGGCAGAGUGACUCCUGCCAGGGUGAUUCUGGGGGGCCGCUGGCCUGUGACCACAAUGGGACCUGGUUCCUGAUGGGGAUUGUGAGUUGGGGGUACGGUUGUGGCCAGCCCAAUCAUCCCGGUGUCUAUGUCCGGACGGUGGCCUACGGCGAAUGGAUAUGGGAGCACAUUGGCUCCAGAAGCCAAGCCAGCACCAUGGGGAACUGCCCCUCAGGGACGAAUGACGCCAGACCCUGCUUCAGCAGCUUCAUGCUUCUCUUCACCACUCUCCUGAUAUCACUCUGA